CUGGGAAAACCGGAAGUAAACAUGUCAUGUGCUAAAAGGGAGGUUUAACCCGAGUUUUAACAUGGGACUCGGUAACAUUCUUGUUCUGUCACAAGUGACAGCAUAUUUUGUGUCGUUCAUUGUGGCAUUUAUGUUGUUUAUACCCGUUUCUGUUAACGUAAACGAAUUCGGCGGACACUGUCUUCUUUAUGCUAAAGGAAAAUGGGUGAGCGCAGCCAACUCCUCUCAGAUGGAACUGGAGAACGUUGUUUGGGGUCCCUCCAGUGCUUGUGGCUUCAAUAUCUUUAUGGGCGUCAUAGUCAUGCUGAUAUCAAUGUUCUAUGUCGUUUGGGAAUCUGCUUAUCUGAUCAAAGACACUGACAGUUCAUGGCUGGAUGCCUUCAUGACUGCGAUCGUGUCGUUGGUGAUUUUCCUGUUGCUGUUUGCCUCUUCUCUCACACUCAGCGUCGGAUUUCAUACCUGGUGUUCAUUACUGACAACUCCUCCGUCAGAUAUUCUUCAAUGUGAAUUCGGAGAUUUUAUCCAGUUUACAGACAAAGGAACAAACCUCGAAACGGGAAAUUUUUAUACAGAAAUGACUCUGGCGCAGUUUGCUGGUUGGAUGUUGUGGAUUUGCUGGCUCCUAUUGACAAUCUUUGCAUUUAUGAAAGUUUUCCGAUAUCAUCAACAAGAAACAUUCACAACAAGCAUGAAUAGGGAGAGACAACGCUUACUGCAGAGAGUGGGACAUCAGACACCUGUGGUAUUGUAGACGUCACCUAAAUGUUUACAAUGUUACAACUUAUAUCGGGGAGACAACGCUUACUGCAGAGAGUGGGACAUCAGACACCUGUCGUAUUGUAGACGUCACCUAAAUGUUUACAAUGUUACAACUUAUAUCGGGAGAGACGUGCGCUCACUUCACAGUGUGGGACAUCAGACACCUGUCGUAUUGUAGACGUCACCUAAAUGUUUACAAUAUUACAACUUAUAUCGGGGAGACAACGCUUACUGCAGAGAGUGGGACAUCAGACACCUGUCGUAUUGUAGACGUCACCUAAAUGUUUACAAUGUUACAACUUAUAUCGGGGAGACAACGCUUAAUACUGCAGAGAGUGGGACAUUGAUCGGACACCUGUCGUAUUGUAGACGUCACCAAAAUGUUUACAAUAUAUUACAACUUAUAUCGGGAGAGACGUGCGCUCACUUCACAGUGUGGGACAUAAAACUCUGGUCAUAUCGUAGCCGUCACUCAAAUGUUUACAGUAUUAUUACAGCUUACAUCAGGAGAUACAGGAAGUGGGGCAUUCAACAGUUUUUACUGUACAUGUAGGUGUUACUGUAACAGUUAUAUGCUUGAAUAGGUUUACUAGCAAAACAUUCACUACCGUGGGUGGGAUAUUCAACAUUAAUUGGUUGUAGGCACUACUGAAACAUAUUUAGACUGUCCGGCUGUCUGUAGGAUAUUAAAAUAAAAAACGAGAACAAGAUUUUGACAACUGAGAUUAAUUACAAACUUAAUGUGAGAAAAAAUAUGCUGCUCUAUGUAAAUUAA